CUGCAACACCACCAACCACCACCGUUGCCGGAAACCUUGAGAUUUGAACUCAAACACUUGCCGGUUUCUUGUAUCCCUUCUGAAGUAAGUCUCAUCUUUCUCUCUCCGUAUCUAUAUCCUAUCCCUAUAUCUCUAUGCAUAUGAAAUCAGGGCCGAUUUUUUCUUUGAAUUAAACUGCUGGAUACACGUAUAUACAUGGGGCAUAAGAAGCGGAACUUCGUUACUCGCUCCAAGACGGUGACUGCUGCUGUUAAUACUCCUCCGCCCCCGCCUUUGUCUCCAAUCGGUAACGAUGGCGGCGAUGGUGUUGAGGUUAGCUCACUCUCUACGGAACAGAAUUUAAGUGUGGAUUCUUCAUCUGUUCAAUUAGUACAACGAAAGAAUGAAGUUCCUUUAGCGAUUGAAUCGGAUGGUUACUCUACUGUAAAAGUUGAGUGUGAGAAAGCCUUAACUGCGCUCAGACGGGGGAACCAUAAGAAAGCCCUACGCCUGAUGAAAGAGAUGUGUGGGAAACAUGAGAAUUCGACUCACCUGGCGCUGAUUCAUAGGGUGCAAGGGACUAUAUGUGUUAAGGUUGCUUCCAUCAUUGAUGACCCCAAUGCAAAGCAGAGGCAUUUGAAGAACGCAGUUGACUCGGCUAAGAAGGCAGUGAUGUUGUCGCCCAAUUCAAUUGAGUUUGCCCAUUUUUAUGCAAAUUUGUUGUAUGAAUCGGCUAAUGAAGGGAAGGAUUAUGAAGAGGUGGUGCAAGAGUGUGAACGGGCUUUGGCUGUUGAGAAUCCGGUUGAUCCAGGAAAAGAGAGUUUGCAGGAUGAGAGCCAGCAGAAAAUUUCCACAGGUGAUGCGAGGAUUGGGCAUGUGCAGAAUGAGCUCCGGUCCUUGGUUCAGAAGUCCAACAUUGCCUCUAUUUCAUCUUGGAUGAAGAAUUUAGGAAAUGGGGAGGAAAAGUUUAGACUCAUUCCUCUUAGGAGGGUUCCUGAUGACCCAAUGGAUGUAAGGUUAGUUCAAGCAAGAAGGCCAAAUGAAAUUAAGAAGGCAAGCAAGACAGACGAGGAACGGAAGAAGGAGAUUGAAGUUAAAGUGGCUGCAGCAAGGCUGUUGCAACAGAAGUUAGAGUCAUCUCAAUCCCAAGCUGAUGGGGAUAAGGGUUCAGAAGUUUCUUCUGGAUCUGGCCAGCGUGCGGGUGAACGGAGGAAGAGUGCAAAGGUGAGGAGGAAUGUAUCCUCUGCUGAGAGAAAAAAUUGUGUUCAUCCUUAUUGGAAGUCCAUGAGUUUGGAUUCAAAGAAGGACUUGCUCAAGAUAGGAAUAUCAGAUAUUAAGGCCCAUUUUAGAUCACUAAAAGAUGGGUUGCCAUAUGAAGUCAUUUCGGAAGCUUUAUCCUUUGGUCGAGCUAAUAACAGUUGGAAAUUUUGGAUGUGUUGCCGAUGCAAUGAGAAAUUUCCAGAUCCUGAAUUGCACAUGCAGCAUGUUGUACAUGAACACAUGGGUAGCCUAUUGCCCAAUUUGCAGGAAAUGUUGCCUCCAACUGUAGACAAUGAGUGGACUGAAAUGAUUCUAACAUUUCCUUGGAAAGCACUUGAUGUCGACGCUGCAGUCAGAAUGGUCGAAAUGCAGUCAAAUUCACUAGCUGCCAACUUUGUUGAUAGACCACAUCCAAAGAACAACACUGAGUUAUUGGAUGAUUGUUUCACUUCCAAUUACUGCUCCGAUGAUGUGUGGGAUUCGUCAUCUGGACUAGAGAAAUAUGAGAAUCCUUGCAAUGAUCCCAACGUGGAGUGCAGGGAGUAUACUAAGAUCCCUGGUGUAACCAGAGAAUGUGAUCAAAACCAAGUUUUCAAGGGGUUUUUCCAUCCUGAUAGCUGGCCAUUGGCUGAAGACAUUGAAAGGACAAAGCUACUUGAAAAAAUACAAUCGUCAUUCCAGUUGCUUAUUAAACACAAGUACCUUGCAGCUAGUCACCUUACUAAGGUUAUACAGUUUGCAGUCGAGGAGUUGCAUUCUCGGCUUCUUAACUGCGGUGUGGAUCAGUCACCCAUUUGUAUAUGCUUUCUGGGAGCACCAGAACUUAGGAAAGUGCUCAAAUUCUUGCAAGAACUAUCUCAUGCAUGUGGACUAAGUAGGUAUUCAGAGAAAGGUAAUGUUGUGGAAGAGUUGAAUAGGUCCACCCUAGCUAUUGAAAUGUCCGAGAAGAUAGUUUUUAAUGAAGAUGGAUCAUGUCUCUUGUUGGACUUGUGUCUUCCUCCUUGCAAGAUCAGUGCAGACACUUGUCAAGAUACUCCUGCAGCCGGUGCAAUUGCAGUUACUAGUGUUAGCUCUGAAAAUGGGUUAAAAUAUGACGCUGAUUCUUUAUUGUCAUGGAUAUUUUCUGGUCCCACAAGUGGGGAACAGCUGACAUUCUGGAUGCGCUCCAGAGAGGAGAGGGUGCAUCAAGGAAUCGAGAUUCUACAGGUGCUGGAAAAAGAAUUUAGCCAUCUCCAUGGGUUAUGUGAAAGAAAGUUAGAGCAUACAAGCUAUGAGGAAGCUUUGCAGCAAGUGGAAGAUCUCUGUCUAAAAGAAGGUAAGAAAAGGGAGCAUGCCACAGAAUCUGCACAUCGAAGUUAUGAAUUUGUGUUGAGGAAGCGACAUGAAGAGCUUACAGGACGUGGAAAUGAUAGUACACUACCUGUCAAUAAGUUCAAGGUGGAUGCCUUGGCAAAUGUUUUAAAAGAAGCUGAAUCUUUGAAUGUUAACCAGUUUGGGUUUGAGGAGACGUAUAGCGGUGUGAAUUCUCAUCUAUGUGACUUAGAAUCUGGUGAAGAUGUUGAUUGGAGGGCGAAGGACUAUCUACAUCAAGUGGACUCUUGCAUAGAAGUUGCAAUCCAGAAGCAGAAAGAACAAUUGUCCAUUGAGCUCAGCAAAAUUGAUGCGAGAAUCAUGCGAACUGUAACCGGAAUGCAGCAGUUGGAAGCUAAGCUCACUCCUGUAUCUGUGCAUGAUUUUGGACUCAUAGUUGUGCCUCUAGUAAAGUCUUUCUUGCGGGCACUCCUAGAAGAUUUAGCAGAGAAAGAUGCCACAGAGAAAUCAGAUGCUGCCAGAGAAGCUUUCCUAGCAGAACUUGCUCUAGACUCUAAAAAAGGAACUGUAGAUAACUCAAAGCAAUUUAAUGAUAAGCUUAAGGACAAAAGAAAGAACAGGGAGUACAGAAAGAUAAAGGAUUCUAAGGCUACAAACAAUAGUGAGGCACAUGUAUUAGCCCAUGCGAAUUCAGAAAAGGCCAUCUCUUCUCCACUUGCUGUUGAUGGACAUCAGUCAGAAACUGUUGCUGAAAUUGAGGAUGCUUUUAGUCAGCUGAAAGAUGAGGCGAGACGUAGAAAAAAUGAGCUUGAAGCUGAGGAAAGAAAGCUUGAAGAAACUUUGGAAUACCAAAGACGGAUUGAGAAUGAGGCGAAACAAAAACAUCUUGCAGAGCAACUUAAAAAUAAUCCAGAUGUGACACCGAUGAGGAAAGUACCAAUAGAAACUCCAGCAGUCUAUGUGAAGCAUAACAUUGAUAAUCAUACUGACAAUGAAUUAAGACCUCCUAGGCAGGAACCACUGAAGCAGAGUAAUGGACUUCUGAGCAAACUUGAGGGUUUGUCUGACAAGGACAGAGAAGGAGCCCCACGGAGGACUGCCUUAUUUCAUGGAGGGAUUGCAGAAGAUGGUGUUUUGCUUUCUGAUCAGAAAACAGGAAGAAGAAGUAGGCGCCAAAAAAAUGCCACCAAAUUAAUUGAUGGGAAGCAGCAACCUGUGUCAUUAGAGAUGGAAAAUAUUGAAGUUGGUCAAGUUACACACAAGGAUGGCCUCAAAGAUGAUAUCAUUGCGUUGUACUUUAUGGUGUCUUUUCUUUUUUCUUCUCUUCGCCCCCUUCUUGUGCAAAUGGCAUUGUUUGCCAAAGGAUCAAGUUGGGAACAAUUAUCGGCGCUGAAGCAAGAGGGUACUAUAAGGGAGUACCGUCAUUCAUUCGAGAUCCUUGCAGCAACCUUGCUAGAUUUACCAGAGAAAGUGUUGGAACGGAACUUCGUGAACAGUUUGAAGACGACAGUUCAAGCAGAAAUGAGAUUGAUGAGGCCCCAAGGCCUGAUGAGAAUUGAGAUAGCUCAAUUGGUGGAAGAUCAUAACACUCAAGUUGCUGGAGGAUACAAGGCCACAAUAAAUGGGACAAAGACACUGAGGCAGUUGCAAGCAGAAGAGGACGAUGAAGAAAGGUUUCAAGCUGACCUUUUAAAAGCUGUACGCCAAAGCCUUGAAGGGGAAGACUCUCGUGUUACAUCUAUUGAAUUAUCGUCUGACAAGGCAAAUGGAAGCGAUGUAUAUGGUACAGGCCUGAAGAAUGAAGCUGGUGAAUACAACUGCUUUUUAAAUGUUAUUAUACAGUCAUUGUGGCAUUUGAAAAGGUUCCAGGAGGAAUUUUUGAGGAGGUCUACUUCAGCUCAUCAUCAUGUUGGCGAUCCAUGUGUUACUUGUGCUUUGUACGAUAUUUUUAUUGCUUUGAAUAUGGCUUCUAUGGGUACAAAAGGUGAAUCUGUUGCCCCUACUUCUCUGAGGAUUGCUUUGAGCAACUUGUAUCCAGACAGUAAUUUCUUUCAGGAGGCUCAAAUGAAUGAUGCUUCUGAAGUAUUGGGAGUGAUUUUUUAUUGUCUUCACCAGUCAUUCGCAUCUGGUUCUGGCAUAUCUGAUACUGAACUAGUGGAAAGCAAUGUCAUGGGUGCUUGGGAGUGUGCAAAUAGUGCUUGUACAGCACAUUCUCUUUUUGGAAUGGAUAUUUUUGAACGUAUGAAUUGCUACAACUGUGGGUUGGAAUCUAGACGUAUGAAAUACACUUCUUUCUUUCACCAGAUCAAUGCCAAUGCCCUCCGGACAAUGAAGGUUAUGUGUCCAGAGAGCUCCUUUGAGGAGCUACUAAACCUUGUUGAGAUGAAUCACCAGUUAGCUUGUGAUCCUGAGGAUGGUGGCUGUGGGAAGCUUAACUAUAUUCAUCACAUUCUUUCUACUCCACCUCAUGUGUUUACAACAGUACUCGGAUGGCAGAAUACUUGUGAAAGUGUUGAAGACAUAAAGGCCACAUUGGCGGCUCUAGCCACUGAAAUAGAUAUCGGUGUUCUUUAUCGUGGGCUGGACCCAAUGAACAGGCACCAUCUGGUUUCAGUGGUAUGCUAUUAUGGGCAGCACUAUCAUUGCUUUGCCUACAGCCAUGAUCAUGAACGGUGGAUGAUGUAUGAUGACAACACGGUGAAGGUAAUUGGAAGCUGGGAAGAUGUCCUUAAAAUGUGCGAGAAAGGGCAUUUGCAACCCCAGGUUCUUUUCUAUGAAGCCGUAAACUAGCUAUAUUCAGACACUAUUACAUUUUUUGAUGCACUGGGGAUCCAAGAGUUGAAUGUGGAUUUUUCAUACAAAGCUCAGUUGGCAUCCAUGUGACUGAAGUCACGAUGUAUGUGAAAUUUGCAUAAUGAAGAGAUGUGUAUUAUAAAGAAAUUUUGUAGGAGAAUUGGUCUUCUAGGAGAGGAUAUAACGAAGUUUUGACCCAGAAAACCAAGAAGAUUGUUGAAGGUUCCUAGCACCUUAUGUAAAUUGUUCUCCCAAUGUAAGUGACUAAUAGCAUCACUCUUAAAACGGUUGUAAAAUGGGAUUAUUAUCUGGAAGCUAAACAUCCCAUGAACUGUAGUUUUACAAUUUUGAAGGAGGUACUGUAUAGAUGAAUCAUAAGAUUAUGUUUUUGGGUUAGCCAAAAAAAAAUGACAUUUGAAGUCUUGUAGUAUAACUACAACUUAUGGUAGAAAAUUGUCGAUGAGGAAAGCUCGCGUGCACGUCUCUGUACUGCUGCUAAACUUGUGUAAUGAUAUCCUUACUGUUAUUUACCUGGAUGCUGUUUUUUAGCCAUAAAACCA